UUCGACCAUGUUGUUAAGUGCGGAAGAGUGACCACGUGACAUGAAGACAGCAACCGGUUGUAUAGGCAUAGAUAUCUAUGUUGUGUAGCUAAUAUGGGCGUUAAAGCUGAGGUUAUAUCGUCUUUAAGGAAACACGACAUUGGAGACGAGUUUUCGCAUUUAUCUCGCUUUCCGAAGGCGUCAGUACUGAUUCCUCUGUUCCUGAGACAGGGUGAAGUGCAUGUGCUCCUGACUGUGCGGUCUACUGAACUCAAACACAACCCUGGAGAGGUGUGUUUUCCCGGAGGGAAAGCCGAUCCACACGAUCGGGAUGAAACUGACACAGCGUUGAGGGAAGCAUUGGAGGAGAUCAGCCUUCCUCCUGAUGGAGUAGAAGUGGUUUGCAAACUCUGUCCUCUGUUAAAUCAGAGAGGCCUUCUGGUGACUCCAGUGGUGGCUUUCAUCAGUGACUCCUUCCAAGCAAGACCAAACCCUGAUGAAGUGAGCGAGGUGUUCUCUGUGCCUGUGGAGUUCUUUAUGAAGGAGAUUAAUCACUCAGCUUACCUUCUACCAGACACAGCAAGCUAUGUACAUAGUUUCAUUUACACUGACCCUGUCACAGGCAAGAUCCACCAGAUCUGGGGAUUAACAGCCUAUUUGCUUAUCGUCCUGGCUGUUCUUACUUUUGAAAAGAAGCCAGAGUUUGAAGUGGGCUUUGAUUUGGAGAAUCUAGUUGCAACAUUUCGUCAAAAUCUUCAACACAGGUUAAGCAAGUUAUAACUAAUUUCAAUCAUAGAAUGAGGUGCAACUUGUAGUUUAUCCCUAAAAUAAGGACAGGAAAGUAAUUUUUCCGGGUUUUAUUUUUACUAAAUGCAUUAAUUCACCUGCUUUAUUCUGGUCAGAGUAUAUCCCAGGAUCUUUGACGAUUCACAAACAUACAAACAUUUACACGUGUGAAUGAGCAGAAGGAAGGAUUCAAAUCAGUCAUAGACUCUUUUAUAAAACACUUUUGUUCAUGUGCAUGAACAUCACCUUCACUGUAAAAUAUGAGAGCCCCUUUAACUCGGUUGUUCUGUUUAACUUCAAUUGUCAUGACACAUUUUGGACAUGAUCUCGAGUUUGUACUUUCUAAAAAAAUUAAACUUAAAAAAUCCCAUUUUCUUGACUGAGUUUUUAUACAGCAGAUGAACUUCCUUUUAAGCGUCUUGAAUUUGAAUUUAAAAAUGAAACGUGCUACAUUGUUGAUUGAAAAAGCCACGGGACCUCAAUGUCUGAAUAGACUUUAAUUGUAAAUACAUUUAUAUUAAAUAUUACAAAUAUAUUGUAUUAGAACUAUUAAAAUGACUCGAAUGCUUUGAAUGACCUUAUAUCUAAUAUAUUACAAAAACUUGUACGCGGUUAUAUGAAGUUGCAUUUUAUUGCUAAUGUCAGUCUACAUUAUAAAUCCUGCACUUUUAUUAAUACGAAAACAUUGUGAUCAUUAGAAAUAAAAUAAUAUGCUAAAUAAC